UUCCAAGGAGAUCAACCGGAGUUUAAAUCUGGUUUCUGUUGUUUAAUCAGCAAUAAUCUGUGUUUAUGCAGUUACUCUCACUGCCAGUAGGGGGAGUCAGAGGUUUCACACUUCAGGUUUAACCUUCCUGUCAUUGCUCCUGUCGUUCUGUGGGUCAAAUUUAACCCGGUUUAAAGUUUGAAAAUGUGGAGAAAAAACAUAUUUUCACAGUGAAACCUCUGAUGUCCACAUUUUCAAUAUUUUUGGGAUUUUUUUUGACAUUUUUUGGUGGGAAAAACCGAAAUUUUAAAAAUGUUUCUGUAAGAAUACUUACAUAAAAAUCAACCGAAAUCCAACAAAUUUCACUGUAUUUUGGUUGAUUUCUAUCAGUAUUCUUAAAGAAAAUAUUAGAACUUUUACUGAUAUGUAUGUAAUCAUUUUAGAUAUUUUUAGGAUUUUUUAAAAGAUUUUUACUAUUUAAAAAAAUAUAUUUACAAGAAUUUUCUUGCCAAUUUGGGGGAUUUAAAAAAAAAACUUACGGGAAACUUUUCAGGAAUUAUUGGAAUUUUCUUCCUGAAGGUUUUGCAAAUUUUCAGAAAUUUGGGGAAUUUUUUGCGGAUUUUUUUUUUUUUUUUGGGGGGGGGGGGGUUCAGACAAGGAAACUAUAUUUUUUUCAGGAAGGUUAAGGUCGAAAGUCUGCAUUUUUGGCUGAUUUUUAAAUUAACAACAGUAAUACUUCAGAUGAUCUGACUACAUGUCAAAAAGAGUCGUAGUACCACAGUGGAUGCAUCGUCCACUGAUGAUAUGGGUCUGUAUGAGAGUAAAAGGUGAGUAAUAUCCUACUGCUGCUGAUGCAGACUGUAUGUAAAUAAAUAUUAAAUUACAAACAUGACUGUGUGUAAGAGGAUUAGUGUCCAUGUGUAAUGCCGCUGGUUGUAGCUUUUUAACAAACACACACUUGAUCUUUCCUCUCAGUUAAUCUCACACACACACAUUGUAUUUUUCUCUUCGUAAAUGGUGUAAUUUUGAGUGUUUAUCGAGUUUAUUUGGAGUUUCCUGAGGUUCUCCGUCUCACCGGGAGUUUGUGGAUUUGAGGGUAACUUGAGGUCGUGGAUGGAGACCGAGGCUUCGGAUAAACUAAUGCUUCCGUUUUCGUCCUCUCUGCUGUUAAUCUGCGUUUUUCCCUUGAUGCAGCUGGGCGUGUUUUUAAUCCCGUCGACAUGACGACCGAGGAGGAGGAGGAGGCAGAUCCUGAGCCGGUGUUUCCAGCUGGAUGAGAGGAGGAGAUGGACCGUUUGGUUUCUGGCUUUAUGGAUUCUCCUGCUUCCUUUCUUCACAUUGCUUCUUUUUUCUCUUUUUAUGCUUCAUUUUUUCUCUUGUAGAAGCACCAAGAAGAGCUGAAAUCCCCGUGUAGGUGCAGUCUGAAAAAAUCAGCUUUAAGGCCAGUGAUGCGUUCAGGGUCAGGUGGGAAACUCAGGAGUUGGAGGUCGAAUGUUCCUCUCCUGCAACUUCACUUUAUUCAUAAUAAUUGAAUAAUAUUUAAAUCUAAUGAUGUAAAACUGCAAAUCUGACGUCUUUAAACCAGAAGGAGAGGCUUUUUUAAAGAACGAUCCAUGGAGGAGAUGCAGACGAUGACCUGCAGCGAUUGUCUCUGUCCUCCAGAAGACAACGGCUCCUCUGCUGGACAGAGAAGCUGUUUGGGUUUCACCUCGUUCUCCAUCAGAACUCUGCUUCGGUCCAAAGAGCCUCAGAUCUCUGUCAGCCUCAGGACGAUGGAUGCAGCGAUGGAGGUGGGGGAGGUGAAAGUUCCUCGUCUGCAGAUGGAGAACGAUGAUAAAACUCCUCCUGAACAAAAGUAUCCGGCACUCUGUGACUUCCUCCACUCCACGGUCCACGACAGAGAGAACAGUCCUAUGAUGAGAGCAGCGCUGUGUGCUCAGGUGUGUAAGCUGUACAGGUUCCAGACUGAAGAUCACAGGUGGCUGCUGGUGAGGGAACAGAUGUCGGAGACACCGCUUUCAUUCUCUUUACCCAAACAUCUGCUGAGCAAACUCAUACAGGAACACACAGACAGGGUCCAAGAAGUGAAGGAGCUGGGCGACCUAUCGCCUCACUGGGACGGGCUUCGUCAUGAUGUCAUCAGCCACUGCCACCACCUGAUUGGCUGUUACCAGGAGACGCUCGCUGAGCUUGACAAACUCUCAGCGUCGUCGUGUUUUAAAUCCAGCAGCAGCAAAUCGGACCGACACCUUCAGUUUGUUCCGACCAACCUUCACUCUCAGAGGAUGGAGGUCACCGAUCCAGACUGCUCAGGUGUUUGGUAUGAUGUCAUCACCUUCGGUGCUCCAGCCGAUCACCACCAGGCGUUCAAACAUGGAGGCCUGACCAGGCUUCUGAGCAAACACACAAACCCCAGCUCUGUGAUUUACUCCCAGGAUGAGAGCUCCAGAGCCAGGGAGCUGCUGGCCAGCGUGGCCCAGCUGCAGCCUCAGGUCUUCGGGCUCUCCGAGGAGCUUCUCGCCGUCUCUCUGGAGGUGAACGCCGGCCGGCUGCAGAAGGUUCUGGACAGCCUGAUCCAACAGACCCAUCAGUUUGUUCACGCGCUCAAAGACGAGCUGGUGAGGAGCGCCCUGUUGGCCAUCCACGACCAGCACAUGGCUACCUGCGAUAGUAGCCACGCCCACAGCAACGGGCUGAUCUGUGAGAACACAGCAGCCAAUCAGGAGGGACCAGCGUCGUCAGGGCAACAGGAUUCGGAGUACGACGAGGAGGAGUGGGCAAGUUGGAGUUUAUAUGGUUUUAGUGACAGAGUGUGGGCGAACGUCGCCAAGAGCCUGAACUGCAUCAUCGCCAUGGUGGACCGACUGGACUGCCCCCAGGAAGUGACAUCACCAGAACUGUUGGAUGUUAACUCUCAGAACAUCGCCUCCUCUUCCUCCUCUUCCUCCUCUUCCUCCUGUUCGUCCUGGCAGGAGCAGCUGCUGCCUCUGGUUCUGACUCUCAGAGAUUGUGUCCGUGAGGCCGUGACCAAGGCCCGAGCUGCCAUGACGUUUGUGGUGCUGCAGGGGGCGCUAUCAGCCACCGUCAAUCUCGGGUCGCCACACGUCGUGCAGAGACGCCACGCCGUCUUCAGCCAAGCGCUCUCAGCUGUGGUGUUUGGAUUCAUGCUGAAGCUCCAUGAAAGUCUGAAGGAUCCACAGUUUCUGCUGCAGCUUCAUUCUGUAGGAAUCCUGGUCCAGUUGGAAGGACUACUGAGCACCUACGGUGACGAGCUGGGGAUGCUGGAGGACAUGGAGCAGAGCGUCACCGACCUGAGAGGAGCCGCCUUCACCGUCACCCAGGCCAAAACACAACAACCAGAGGACCUGCUGCCGACGAUCAGAGGAACAUGGGGCAGGUUUGUCGUUGAGGUUCCGUUGCCGCCGGAGACCUUCAGUUCGUUGCCAAGGGAACUAAAAGAUGGAUGUUUAAUACGAGUCGAUGCUGUUCUGUUUAACAUUGGGAUCAACCAGCAGCAGAGUCUGGCUGAGAGGUUUGGAGAUGUUUCCCUCCAGGACAGACUGAACCAGCAGAGCUUCGAGCGUCUGAAAGCUUAUUGUUCCUGUCUGACGGACCGACUGCCCAACAUUGACGGCAUCCAGUCGCUGCCAGACCUGCUGUCGUCUUUGGAUUCAAGUCUAGAGGCCAGGAGGAGGAAGAACGUGGAGGUUCUGUGGAUCGCUGCCAUGGUGUGUCGUCAGGUGAAUGGUGUGAGACUGACCAGCUGUAAGAGCGCCAAGGAUCGGACGGCGAUGUCGGUGACACUGGAACAAUGUUUGCUGCUGCAGCAGAGACACAAACUGAGCCAGCAGAGCUUCAGCUCAGCGUUGGACAGCAUGAGGAGGGACGGCUGCAGGCUGGACAACGUGCAGAAGAACGUCGGCAGCAGGAAGUUCGCCUUCAGCAGCGUCCAGCUCCUCACCUUCCCCAAACUCUACAGACCUCCAGAUGGCAGCUUCGGAUAGUUUCUGAACAUUUUCACAUGUAAACCUUCAACUACAGACAUGUCUCUGCAAUCAAUCCACACUUCUACUGGAUUGUUUCUGUCAAAUCAGACCAGCUGGAUUGGGAUUCUUAUAUAGUAAUGCAUGGGAUGUAUAAUAGUUUAGACAGUCAAACUGCAGCAGUUUAAUGUCUGUGACAUGGAGUCAAAUGUCUACUGAAAAGAAAACACAAUAAAGUGAGUUUUAAUAGAAA